UUUUAUCAUUUCGCAUAAUAUUAAUUGUACAUUAACGGGAAUUUGAAUUAUACAUGUGAAACAUUUGUUUGUGAAAUUUUCGAAAUGUCAAUAUUAAAACUAUAGACGUCUACCUUUUCACCACGGUGACGUGACGUGCCUUGCGUCGGACUAUACCAUUAUGUCACCCACAACGGGAAAGAUUUUGUUGUGACAGCGAAGUAACAACCCGGCGGGGGUAGACGGUCAUAACAUAGGUUACUGUAUCUUGGAUGAAAAAUGGCCUUCAGCAAAGGUUAUCGCAUUUACCACAAGUUGGACCCACCUCCCUACAGUGUCAUAGUGGAGACAAGGACCAAGGAUGAAUGCCUCAUGUUCGAGUCGGGGGCUGUCGCAGUCCUGUCGGCAGCAGAGAAAGAGGCCAUCAAAAACACAUACAGCAAGAUCGUUGAUGCCUAUGGAAUCCUGGGUGUCCUCCGCCUAAACCUGGGUGAUUCCAUGCUCCACAGUCUUGUGGUUGUGACAGGAUGCAGCUCUGUGGGGAAGGUGCAGGACUCUGAGGUUUUCAGGGUCACACAGACAGAUUUUAUAUCACUAAAGAAUGAUCCGGGAGAUGAAGACCGGAUUUCUGAGGUGCGAAAGGUCCUGAACUCGGGACACUUCUACUUCGCGUGGUCUGCCACUGGAAUCAGCAUGGAUCUGAGCCUCAACGCACAUCGCAGGAUCUUAGAAGACACUACAGAUAACCGCUUCUUCUGGAACCAAUCUCUUCACCUGCACCUGAAACACUAUGGUGUGAACUGUGAUGACUGGCUAUUGAGGCUGAUGUGUGGAGGUGUGGAGAUCAGGACCAUUUAUGCAGGACACAAACAGGCCAAGGCCUGCACCUUUUCCCGCCUCAGCUCUGAGCGAGCUGGCACACGAUUCAACGUCCGGGGAACAAAUGAUGAUGGACAGGUGGCCAACUUUGUGGAGACUGAACAGGUUAUUUUCCUGGAUGACAGAGUAUCAUCCUUCAUACAGAUCCGUGGGUCAAUUCCUCUUUUCUGGGAACAGCCAGGAAUCCAGGUUGGCUCUCAUCGUGUCAAACUCUCAAGGGGAUUUGAGGCGAAUGCGCCAGCAUUUGAAAGACACUUCACUGCUCUGCGGAGGUUGUACGGUAAACAAGUGAUCAUCAACCUGCUUGGGAGUAAGGAAGGCGAACACAUGCUCAGCAAAGCCUUUCAGAGUCACUUGAAGGCAUCUGAGCAUGCAGCAGCAGUGAAAAUGGUCAACUUCGACUACCAUCAAAAUGUGAAGGGGGGCAAAGCAGACAAACUCCAUAGUAUCCUCAAACCCCACCUCAGCAAAUUCUUAGAAGAGUGCGGGUUCUUCUACUACUCAGGAGAGACAGGCAUCGCAAGGACUCAGGGCGGGACCAUCAGGACCAACUGCCUGGACUGUUUGGACAGGACCAACAGUGUCCAGGCCUUCUUUGCCCUUGAGAUGCUGCCAAAGCAGCUGGAGGAAAUGGGUCUGACAGAGAAACCGCAGUUGGUGGCCAGAUUCCAGGAGGUUUUUAGGACCAUGUGGUCUGUCAACGGAGACUCCGUCAGUAAGAUCUACGCCGGCACCGGUGCCCUGGACGGGAAGGCAAAGGCGGGGAAGUUAAAAGAUGGAGCUCGCUCUGUGACGAGGACCAUCCAGAACAACUUCUUCGACAGUUCGAAGCAAGAGGCCAUCGACAUCCUGAGGCUGGGCUCCACACUCAACAGUGAUCUGGCAGACAAAGCUCGGGCCUUGCUCACUACUUCUAGUCUUUACGCCUCCCCCAGAGUAUUGCUGGGAAUGUGUCAGAAUUUCCAUAAAUAUACGCGACCCAAACAGAUCCGGGUAUGUGUCGGCACCUGGAACGUCAACGGGGGUAAACAGUUUCGCAGCAUCGCCUUCCGCAAUCAGACACUCAAUGAUUGGCUAUUGGAUGCUCCAAAGAAGGCUGGGCAUCCUGAGUUCCAGGACAGCAAAGCCAACCCCAUAGAUAUCUUCGCCAUUGGCUUUGAAGAAAUGGUUGAACUGAACGCUGGAAACAUUGUCAGCGCCAGCACCACUAACCAGAAACUGUGGGCAGCUGAGCUACAAAAAAACCUCUCGCGGGACCACAAGUAUGUGCUACUUGCUUCAGAGCAGCUGGUGGGGGUUUGUCUGUUCGUUUUCAUCCGUCCACAACACGCACCAUUCAUCAGGGAUGUUGCUGUAGAUACAGUAAAAACUGGAAUGGGUGGAGCUACAGGCAACAAAGGAGGUGUGGCCAUCCGUCUGCUGUUCCACACCACCAGCAUCUGCUUCGUCUGCUCUCACUUCGCUGCCGGCCAAUCACAGGUCAAGGAGAGGAACGACGACUACAACGAGAUCACACGCAGACUCACCUUCCCUAUGGGUCGUCUGCUGUACUCACAUGAUUACGUGUUCUGGUGUGGAGACUUCAACUAUAGAAUCAGCAUGCCUAAUGAGGAAGUAAAAGAGCUAAUCAAACAACAGAACUGGGACGCCUUGACAGCUGGGGACCAGUUGUUCGAUCAGAAGAAUGCUGGCUUGGUGUUCCGUGGAUUUAUCGAGGGGAAGUUGGAUUUUGCUCCGACCUAUAAGUAUGACCUCUUCUCAGAGGAUUACGACACCAGCGAGAAGUGCCGCACACCAGCCUGGACUGACCGCAUACUGUGGAAGAGAAGAAAGUGGAACUUUGAGCAAACAGCUGAGGAGAUGAAUGUAGUCGGAGCAGCUUCUACAUCUGCGGAGAAUGAGGAUGAUCCAGACAACCCCUGGAGCCCUGGGACUCUGAAGUACUACGGCAGGGCUGAGCUCAAGACCUCAGACCACAGGCCUGUGGUGGCAGUAAUAGACGUGGACAUCCUGGAGGUCGACCCGGAGGCUCGGCAUCAGGUCUACAAAGAUGUCAUCGCCCUACAAGGGCCUCCAGAUGGUACUAUCCUGGUGUCGCUGUGCUCCUCCGGUCCUGACGACUAUUUUGACGAUGCACUCAUCGACGAGCUGCUGGACAAGUUUGCUAAUUUUGGCGAAGUCAUCCUCAUCAGGUUUGUUGAGGAGAAGAUGUGGGUGACCUUUCUGGAGGGUUACUCUGCUCUGGCUGCUCUGUCUCUCAGCGCUUCCACUGUCCUUGGUAAGGUGAUUGACAUCCGUCUAAAGAGUCCCGGCUGGAUUAAGAGUCUGGAGGAGGAGAUGAGUGUGGAUAGGAUCUGUGGAAGCAUUCCCACCUCGGCCAGCUCCACCCUGCUUGCAGAGGACACAGACGUGGGCGACGAUGAUUAUGAUAUGGAAGGUGAUGUGGAUGAGGAGGUGGAGGAGAUCCUUCCUCAGCACCUGCAGCCUGGAGCAGGCUCCGGCCCUGGUUCCUCCCCUCUUCCCUCUCCCCGCGGUAGCCCUUGUCCCUCCCCUACACAUGGAGAGCCCACAGCCCCCAGCAGGCCCAGCCGCUCGGCCCAACCCUCCCGACCAUCACAAGAUUUAAGUACAUCACCAUGCAGGGACGAAUCUCCAGGGCCUCCUGUAGACUUCCAGCCUGGUGCACCUACAUCUCUAGCCCUGGAGCCAAAACGCCCACCUCCUCCUCGUCCCAACGCGCCCCCAGCCAGACCAGCACCCCCCCAACGCCCACCACCACCUUCAGGUCGCGGUCAGGCAGCAGCUGGAGCUCCUGGAGCUGGAGGUGCUUCCAGACCAAAUAUCCCUCCUCGAGCUGGGGUGAUCAGUGUGCCUCCUCAGUCUCGUCAACUUCCUCCAUCCCACCCUGGAGCACCCAGACCCAUCCAAGAGGUGCAUCCUGGAGCCCCUCGACCCAUUCCAGAUACCCACCCCGGAGCACCACGACCUGUGGCCAAACCAACUGACCUGCCUCUGGGUCCUCCACCCUCAGGGCCACCCGCUGCAGUGAGACCACAGGUUCCAUCACCCAUGCAGCCACCCAUGCAGCCCCAACCAGCUGCCCCUUCAGUUCAGUCCCAACUCCCUCCACCAAUGCAACCCACACUUCCAGCUCCACUCCUGCCACAGCAAGCUGCUGCUCCUAAAGCCGGCCCGCCUCCUGCCUCCGCUGCUGCUGCCUCCCCCGCUGGGCCUCCACAGGGUCUAGCCUCUCCUAAACCCCCGCCACGUUCCCGCUCCUCUCAUGCUUUGCCGCCCGAUGCUGCCAAGUCUGAGACAGCAGCCCCAGCCACUCAGACGAAUGGACUGAAUGGUAUACAAGGAGAAGCACAAUGGAAGCCCGACCCCUUCGACACCCUUACAUCCAACUUACUCUCCUCUACGUCAUCUCCCUGGCACACCACCCAGUCCCUGACCAGAGGGUCCUCUCUCCGGACUCCCCCAACCGUUCCUCCGUCUUCCUCCAACACUCUCCCUUCGUCCUUCUCCCUGCAGUCCUCCGUUCGCUCAGACCUGCAGGGACUCGAUUCGACCUCGUCCUCCUCCUCGCUCUCCACUCCGUCCCCAUUCGCCUCCUGCCUGCUCCCGCCUCCUCCGGUCCCGUCUCGAAGUCGUUCACAGGAGACACUGCGUGCCUCACCCAGCCCCUUCCCGAUUGACCCGCUUCCUGCCCGACCCAGCAGCACCAACCCCUUCACUGGCCCGGUAGUGCAGCAGCAGCAUCAACAGCGCCGCUCUGUCACACCGGACUUCAGCAUCCAGGGUCAGGCACUGAAACCUAACCUUCAGGGGACCAUGUCUGCUCUCACUCAGCCACUCAUCCCCACCCCCGCUCCAACAUCAGCCCCUGCAGCUGCGCCCACAGCCCAGCUCCCAAGGACCAUGUCCCUAUUUGGACCAUCAUCCACUCUUAAUCCUGCACCUGCCCCUCUCCUCCCCCUCAUCCGUGACCCAGCUCCUGUCCCCACCUUGCCUCUGGCACCACCCUCUUCUAUCCCACCCACCCUCGCGCCUCGUCGUCAGCCGCCUCCUGCAGGAGGGAAACCAACCCAGCAGUGGGUCACUUUCGAUGACACAUCAGAUUUUCCACCUCUGACCAAAACACUGCAAGCCCCCAUCUUUUCCUCCAGUUCCCUAGUGUCCCAAACUCAGACUCAGCCUUCCCGCUCUGGGUUUGACUCAGAGCCGGACUGGUUAUCCUCGGCCCCUUCAGUAUUCCCAACCCUCCCUCCUCCCAUUCCGACUAGAACUGCAACCAGUAACCCAAAGCUCCCAGAAGGACCCAGUGAUGGCUGCUUCUUCCCCAGGGAGUCAACAGAAAGAUAGAAUCACCCUGAAUAUGUAAAGGGUUUAUCCAGAUAUGUAUAGAUCUAUGAUAAAUGUGUAUAUGUGUGUGUGCGUAUGUACAAAAGAGGACAGUAUUUAAGAAGUAUAGACCAAUCCCCUUCUGAAAAGCCGAAAAAAGGAUUUAUAUCUCGAGAAGUAACAUGAGAAGUUGAUGAGCCUAAAGGUGUGUUCUAACUUUACGACGGCGAUGUUUGCUUGUUCCCUGAUAUUAACAUUUAUUUUAAUAUGAAUCGUUCUGAUGUUUAUUUUUAUUUAUGACAGCAAACAUGUGCCUGUGUCUACAGUAUAUAGUUAUAUAAAGUAUAUCUAUUUGCACAAAUCAUGUGUGUAACCACUUGUGCAAUAUCAAAACACAUCUGUACGGCCGUGCAGCUCUCUGCAUUCAUCUGCAAGGUUUCACCUAAAUCUGCUACGUUCACUGACACACUGCGGUUCAUAUCCAUCAUUUUGACUGAUCUGUACACGUCAGAGUGGGAUUCUCAGAGUAGAGGGUAAUCUAUCAGUUUACAUGUAGUAGAAGGCUAUGCACUGUCGAUUUUACAUUUGCCACCAAAUUUUUGUUGUGUACAGCAAGCUUUGUUUCUGUUCUUAUGUGUCUGAGGGGUGCAAAUUUAAAAGAAAAUGUGCGCUUGCUUUUAUCAUGAAUGUACUUUAUGUUGCACUGGGUUUGGUCAUUGCCUCGUCGCUGAUGCCACAGAGUGAACAAUAACAACAGUAGCAACGAGUCAGUGUCACAAUCAGGCAAUGUGUUUACUGCCGCAAGACUAAUGCUCUGUAUUAUCAUCUCAUCCACGUGAUAGUAAGACCAUUUUUUCUCUCUUUACUCAGUCCACAUUCCUUGUCUAUGAGCUGUUGCGCUUAGCUGAAUACAUUUUGUAGCUCUAUAUCUAAACUUAUACAUAGCAAUUAUGUAUAAAUGUAUGUUUUCAAUAUGGAAACUACUUGCUAAAUGUACGUAUGUGUGUUUGUGAUGACCGUAUCAGUGGUUUGCACAAUGUAACUGAUAUGCACUGAAACGCUGUAUGUGCUCUGUAGGUUGUAUUCUUGACCAUAGCAGGGUGAGUAAAUGAUAGCCUGCAGAUUGAAUAGAUGAGAGGGAUAUUUUUUUUUUAUCUUUCCACCUCUGUAGUGUUGUGGUCCUUCUUGAUUUAUCCAAAGCAUCAAACCAUUCUAUUGCAAAUUCAGAGAAUGUGGUGUGUGUGUGCGUGCGUGCGUGCGUGUGUAUACUUCUGUUACUCUCCAAGUAUGAAGAUGAUGUGAUUUGGGUCUGUGGACAUGUCAGCCAGCACAUGACAUGCAUUAUAAUAAAAGGGCACAUUUUUUUUAACUUAAACUUUUGUUGAUCUCAAAAGUCAUGCUUUUUAAUUUCUGAGGACUUUACUCUAAAUAAUCUAUCGUUGAUACUGUGGUGAGAAGUAACGUGUCGUGUUUGAGGUGCAUAAAUUGUCUAUUGUAUUUCAAGGUAUUUGUGUUUUGGAUGUGAGUGUGUUGGCAGUGGAAUACCAUUGAGUGAUCUUUACCUGAGCUUUUCCCUGAGGAAGCCUUCUCUUUUACAUACACACAGUAUAUUUGCUUACAGGUUUUGAACUAACAGCCGCUGUAUUCACCCCCCACAUGGCUGUAGCUAUGCGUCUCUGCUCUCCAGCCCACCAAAAGCUAUGGAGUGGUAUCAAAAAUGUAAACAAUACAAGACAAAAGACCCCCCCCCCCCCUCUGUCCCCCCCACAAAGCACCCACCACAACCUGAGUGAGAAUUUUUGCAACACUAAUGGAAGAUUAUUCACCACUUUUGCUAAAAAUAGAACAAACCGUCCGUACUGCUCGGCCCUGAAUGCAUCACCAGAUAACCGUUUCCAGCUGACUGUUUGUUGUGUCUCUCUCAGGCGCAAUGUGGGCCACAUGCCAGACGAAGCUGUGCGAUUCGUUGCCUCACCCACAGAUUGAAUUGUCAUAUAUUGGGUGUCGAACCUUUCUCAGCAUUUGCAGACCCCACCUGUGAUAUCUAACUUCUAUAGCUGUUUCCUCCAGUUGAGAGUAAUUGUUACAGAGCCUCGCUGAUUUUGUAACCAUUCAUGAGGUAUGUGUGUGUGUGGUGAUGUCAGAUGUGAUGUCAGUAUUUUUUCCUGUACUACCUACUUCACUCUUUCACUGCUAUUUAGUUUUUGUUUUUAAGGUCAGCAUCGAUGUUGACACUGAUGGUAAGCAAUAGUUUUGCAAAUACAGUCCUCGCUAAUCAGAUGUUGUUUCCCUUCAGUCUUCAGAAACUAUGUAACAGCAUGAAAUGUCAAGCAUUGUGGAUGGUUUACUGAGAAUAUAACAUCAGACACAUGAAAGUACCAGCUUCUGCGCUAUGUUUGAACAUUGUGUAAAAUAGUAAAAAUAAUCUUCAUUCACUGCACUGAAAGCAGUAGCUAUGUAAGCAAGUGUAUCAGGUUUGCCUUUGCUUACAUGUGGUCAUCUCUAAAAUGCAUUUAUUGUGUUUAUCCAGAUGUGUGCAUUAGAUGCUGUAUCUGCAUUACCAGUAGGUGACUAGCCAGCGCUUUGUGUCAUGUCAUGUUCAAAAUUUGAAUUUUUUUAGGAAACAAAGUGGCUCCUUUUGUGAGGUUGGUGUCCCUUUUUAAUGACUAUAAUCCAUAGUAAAUAAGAGUCUGUGUUGUUGAACAUAUUCUGUAUGUAUUAAAGAGAAAACAUGAAGCGGCAAUUCAUGUUAAUAUCCAACGUUCCAUAUUUUAAGUGCACAGCUGAUUGCACAUUUAUGUACGAAGCAGUUUAUGUUGUAUGUAUGCAAAAAUAAAUGUAAGUUGACCUGAA